CAAAAAUAAUAUAAAUCUGAUACUAUUUGGUUAGCUUUAAGCAUAUAAUUCUCAUCUAUAACUCCAAUCACCAAAUCAAGAACCGCCUUUAGUUAAUAAAUUGUUCAUUAAUUUUGCUAACAACAAUAUUUGUCCACAUUACACGUUCCAUUCAUAAAAAAAUUGACUCCAAUAUUAAUUGUAUUUUUUUACACCUCGAGUUUUGCAGAAAAAUAAAUAAAAGCUCACAUUUUUAUUUUCUCCCUCUCUCUCUCUCUGUGUCUGUGUAUGUGUGGCUUUACCUUUUGUACCUAAACCUCUCACACUCUCUCUCUCUGGCUUGCUGUUUACUCUCAUCGUCUCCUUUACUUCAUUCGUCUUCUUCCUCUCUUUCCCACAAGCUCCCAUUGAUAUAGAGAGAGAGAUUUAAGGAAGGAAUCAUGGCAGGGGGUGGAGCUCCAGCACCCAAAGCAGACGAACCACAACCACAUCCUCCUAAAGAUCAACUUCCCAACAUUUCUUAUUGCAUCACCAGUCCUCCUCCUUGGCCUGAAGCUAUUCUUCUUGGAUUCCAACAUUACCUUGUGAUGCUUGGGACAACGGUGCUCAUACCUACUGCUCUUGUUCCCCAGAUGGGAGGUGGAUAUGAAGAGAAGGCAAAGGUGAUCCAGACUAUUCUCUUUGUUGCUGGCAUCAACACAUUGCUCCAAACACUGUUCGGUACUAGAUUGCCUGCUGUUGUUGGAGCUUCCUACACAUUCGUGCCAACAACGAUAUCCAUAAUCCUCUCUGGCAGAUUCAGUGAUACCUCGAACCCUAUAGAUCGCUUUGAGAGGAUAAUGCGGGCAACCCAAGGCGCCUUGAUUGUUGCUUCUACCCUGCAGAUGAUUCUUGGUUUCAGUGGUCUCUGGCGUAAUGUUGUUAGGUUCUUAAGUCCUAUUUCAGCUGUUCCACUGGUGGGUCUCGUUGGUUUUGGGCUGUAUGAGUUUGGUUUCCCGGGGGUUGCUAAAUGCAUAGAGAUUGGACUGCCUGAGCUUCUUAUUCUAGUAUUCGUUUCACAGUACCUGCCUCAUGUGAUCAAAUCAGGGAAAAAUGUGUUUGACCGAUUUGCUGUGAUAUUCGCGGUGGUGAUUGUGUGGAUCUAUGCUCAUCUUCUUACAGUUGGUGGGGCCUACAAUGGUGCUGCACCAACUACUCAAACAAGUUGCCGGACAGAUCGUGCUGGAAUCAUAGGUGCUGCCCCAUGGAUAAGAGUUCCAUGGCCUUUCCAGUGGGGUGCCCCAUCGUUUGAUGCUGGAGAAGCUUUUGCAAUGAUGAUGGCUUCUUUUGUUGCUCUAGUUGAGUCAACCGGUGCUUUUGUCGCGGUGUCAAGAUACGCAAGUGCAACGAUGUUGCCACCUUCUAUUCUCAGCCGCGGUAUUGGCUGGCAGGGAGUUGCGAUUCUGAUAUCAGGAUUGUUUGGUACUGGUGCUGGUUCCUCUGUCUCUGUAGAAAAUGCCGGACUAUUGGCCUUGACACGAGUUGGUAGUCGAAGGGUUGUCCAGAUAGCUGCAGGCUUCAUGAUAUUCUUCUCUAUUCUCGGAAAAUUUGGAGCUGUGUUUGCUUCAAUUCCUGCGCCCAUCAUUGCUGCUUUAUACUGUCUCUUCUUCGCAUACGUGGGAGCUGGAGGUUUGAGUUUCCUUCAAUUCUGCAACUUAAACAGCUUCAGGACCAAGUUCAUCUUAGGUUUCUCUGUCUUCCUGGGCUUGUCCAUCCCUCAAUACUUCAAUGAGUACACCGCAAUCAAAGGAUAUGGUCCGGUCCACACUGGGGCUCGUUGGUUCAACGAUAUGGUAAAUGUCCCGUUCUCCUCAGAGCCUUUUGUUGCUGGAAGCGUCGCCUUCUUCUUGGACAACACACUGCACAAGAAAGACUCUUCGAUAAGGAAAGACAGAGGGAAGCAUUGGUGGGACAAGUUUAGAUCUUUCAAAGGUGACACAAGAAGUGAAGAAUUCUACUCUCUACCUUUCAAUCUCAACAAGUACUUCCCAUCUGUCUAAAAGGGAAGAGAAGAGCAAAAAAGAUAACUGGAAAACAAAGAAAAUGGUGAAAACUCGAGUUUCGCCAUUGUUGACUUGGCCUCUGUGUCGUGGUUCGUUUGUUCAGUUCCUUUCACAACUUUGGAAACUUUAAAUAUCUCAUCACAUUCUAUAGUCUUAUUUACAAGAAUGAUGAAUCUUCUUAAAGAGCAUUGUUGUUUACUCUCUCUCUAAUGCUUUUGUCUUUGUAAAUCCGAGGGAACAGAAACACUACUUUGUGAUUUUGAUUAGUUUCUAAACAAAUCUUUAGCUUAAUUUUUCUU